GACGUCCAACCUAGGUCAUGGGCUGGGCUACCAACCGCCCCUAGCAUUAGGGAUGGCAAUAGAAACUGAAUCCGCGAGUACCCUAUCCGAUACAACCCGUUUGGACGGAUUUUGGGUCCGGUUUGGGUUUAAACCUGCUAUACUUUUUGUGGGUUGGGUUUGGGUUUAGCCAUAUCCAAUCCACGGAACCCGCACUCAAGUCCAUACCCACACGAUCCACGGAACCCUUAACUAAUUAACUAUAAUUUCUAAACUAAUUCCUCGCACAUUCAUUUAAUCAUAUUGUUUGUGGAUGUUUACCUUUAAUAUUGAACAAUUAGUAUGAAUGAUUUGUGAGUUAAUAUGUAUGUAGUAGACAAUAGUAGUGAAAACUAGUGUUAUUGCAUCUUUGUACAUGAACCCAUGGAUACCCAUGAACCCGUGGAUAUCUAGCAGGUUGGGUUGGAUUUGAGUUUUUCAAAUCGAAUGGGUUUUACCCCGGAUUUUUUUGAUGGAUAAACCCAUGAAUUUGGGUUUGAGCUUGGCAUAACUCGCCCCAACCCGACCCAUUACCAUCCCUACCUAGUAUUGUAGCCGAGGUGAUGACAACCUCAAAAGGCCAACGUUUCCUUCCCGUCUUGACAACCUCAAUGGCCUUGGCAGGGAAAUGUCCUCGUUUAGUGAUGGUAACGGACCAGAUGAGAGAUGGAUAGUACAUACCCACUACCCUAUUCUAACUUGUUCAGGUUUUAUUCAUAACUAUACCCAUACAAAAUUCGAAUGCUGAAUCAAAACCAUAUUCAUACCCAUUCGGAUCCCGGUUAACUAUGGAUAUCCAAACUUCAUCUAAUGUGUUACUAUCUGUAAGUAUAUUCACAUUAUACAAGUGAAAACAUUACAAUUACAAGCCACCAAUCUUAAGAGAAACAAUGAAAAAGACAAAGAAAAAAUUCAUUGGGAUGUUAUGUAUGUAUUACCAAUGUCAAAUAUUUCGGAGAGAUAUAAUGAAGUCUUUAAAAAAAGAAAAAAUAUGUAGCAUCUAUAAUCGAGCGAGUUCAAGUUGGAUAGUAAAAUUUUCAGGUUCGAAUUUUAUCGACAACAUCAGUUAACAGAUUCGUUUGAGUUUUAACCUAUUUGAUUGUAUCGGAUUCUACCUUAUUGUUAGACAAUAUUACACGAAUGUCAGGUUUAGGUCCAAACUUUUAUAGGAAUCUAUCACAUGCCACCUGUCCAAAGGUAGAUAUCCAUCAAUGGAGGCUCCAAAUGUCCCAAAGGGAAGAAGGAGAAUAAGAAUGUAGGAAAGUCUUAGCAGCUUACGCUUGCUGAAGUAGUGUGAAUGUAGUAAUUAAUCCGCACAAGCAAGUGACACAUCAUUAGAACGUGUAAAGUUGAGAUCUUUGUGUGCCAAAGUCGAAUGAAGAGCAUCAUAUCGUUGCAUUUACAUGACAUGAGCAUAUCCAAUCCGGUUAUAGUAAUUACACGACGCUUGUGAGAACGUGCUAACAACUUACAAAGUGUUUAAUAUUUGUUGGGAGCUCCAAAAUCAAGAGCAAAUACGAUAACGUUUUAUUUACAAAAUUGUCACCAAACUUAUCCAACAAUCACAAAGCGUCUAAUAAAAAUGAUCCGAUCGACAACACAACAUUCUUGUAAACACAUUGUCGCAAUUUAGAAUUUGUACGCACUAUAAUCGAAUUGAACACAUAUCUGACUCUCUAGUCAUCGAAUUGACAAAUCUCCUAUCCACUACCUUUCUUUCAUUCUUUUUUCCCUUUUGUCUUUUGUUGAUAAUGGUUUCAUAUGUAUUGGAAGUAGUUUCCAAGGAAUCCAUCCAAAUCCAUCCAUCUAUCCUAACGGGCCCUUUGAAUUUGGCUUUUGAGGAGGAGGAUUGCAGCCAAAGCAAAAUCCAAUCCCGUUCACAUUUCACACCCACUUUUAUUGUCAUAUUGUUCCAUUUUUAUCAUCAACCAAAUCUUUUCCAGGAUAUUACCAAAGGCCGAAAAAGAAAAGGAGAGGCCAAGAAGGUUCACAGUGCUAGCUAGCUUUUGGAAGGAUUCGUGAUGGUCCAACAACAACAGCAAGAACCAGGAGAAUUUCGAAUAACCGGAAAAAGCUCAAAAUGAUCGGUGUAUUCUUUCCUGCAAAAACCAUCCUCACAAAAGGAAGCUGUACUAUUUGCAGCAGUUAAUUAGGUCUAAUGUGAUUGCCUGUAAUCUCGUUGAUUGGCUAUGGUGAAGAAAAGGAAGGAUUCUAACAACAUUUGUUCCAAGGGGAAAACUCAGACUUGCGGACCAUCUUAGUUCUUAUUUUUACGAAAAAACAAGAUUGAAGAAAGCGCUAGGCGGAAUUAAGUUGGAGUCUUACCUAGUGCCUUCUUGAAUUGUUAAUACUCCUUGUUUCAAUUUGAAUUAUUAAUAAUUUACUUAACACUCAAUAACACGCGAAAACGUAUGUGUCCAAAUUGAAUUUGUAUCAUAACAUUCAAAGUACAUGUUUUUUUUAUAUACACAUUCAAAAUAUAUGUUUGGUUUUGUUAUCAUAAAAGAAAUUGACAAAAAAUAUAUAGUUAUAAAUUGAAUUUGUACCAUAAAAAAAAUGUAUACAAAAAGUAUAUUCACAUAAUUCAAUUUUACCAUAACAUUAUAAAGUUACAAUUUCAAUUUAUAUCAUUUUUCUAAAACGAAAGCAUUGAUACUAGUUCUUGUGCUUCUUGAUCAUCAUAGGGUGGUCCUCCGGGCGCAAGGGGUCCAGUAUCGGGUUAUUGAGGAUCCUUUAGUUGUGGAGGUGCUUGUCCUCCGAGAAGCUCUCUUUUGGUGCGUGGCCAAUGGAUUCCAGGAUGUGCGUUUUGAAGGCGAUACAAGAUCAUCAUCGAUAAAAUCAAUCAAGCUGAGGCUAGAGAUAGUAGGAUUGGGAUGAUCUUGAACGAAAUCAGGCAGUGUAUGGGAAAUCAACCGGGGUUUAGUUUGGGGUUUGUAGGACGGAGGAACAAUAGGGUAGCCCAUGCGGUGACUAGAAAGGUCCUUUCUUUGUACCAGUCUACGUAUCGCUCUUUUAAUUUCCAGGCCUGACUGUUCUCCAGGAUGUAACCGUGUCUAUCUUCAAUGCGGGAGUUCGGUGGAAAUAUAAAUCAAGAAACAAAUAGCCAUUUCCAGGCCAUUUUCUUUUGGGUUAUCCAUGUACAUUUGAUAUGAAGAGAAUUCACAUAUACAAUAGGGAAAGGGUGGAAUGAUUAUCUUUUGUAAAAAAAAAAAAUACUAGUUCUUGUGAAAUUCCUCCAAUUUCAAAAAUCAAAUUGUCUUUUAUAUAUGUUUCAAGUCUUGGAUUGGAAACCUGGACCGACAAGAUGCUGCAAUUAUUGGAAGCCAAAUUCAAUCAAAUUCUAUUGAUGCCCUUUUGGUGGUGGUAUGGAAAUGGAACUGUAGAAGCUGUGCUCUUAUUUUCAAAGCAAAACAGUGAUUUUUGAGAUAUGGGUGUGAAUGUGAUCAAUAAUUUGAGUCACUCCUCCAUUAUUGCUCUUCUGGAACUUAGCAUGGGGCAUAUGAACGAUUUUCCAUGGCCCCAAAUCCCACACCAUACCCAAAAUUCAAAGAUGUCAAUCAAAGUUUUGGUUUCGUGCAAUUGGAUUUUGACUUUGAGUAACGAACUGGGUUUCUUCUAUAUAACCAAUAAUCAGCUUGGUUUGGUAAGUAAUAGAAUCUCUAAUGACAG